AUGAAUUCAGAACCAUCAAUAAGGACCAUAAGUGUUAAAUAUACAGUGGUGUUUUGUGUCAUCAUUGGUUUCUUGUUUUUGUUUUCCCAAAUACUAGACAACUUAUUCUAUGAUUAUACUGUUAUAGAAACUGAAAUAGUCUUCAUCAAAAGAGUCGGUAUAUGUUAUAAUUAAUGCAAGACCAAACAAAUAAUAAAAUGAUUCUAGAAUUAAAUGAAGUUACUGAAUAGAGCAACUCAUUAGUUCUCACCCUACAAAACAAUAUGUAAAGUACUAUUGAGCAGAUUUAUAAAAAAAUCAAUUAUCAAAUAAAUGAAGAAGAGGAUUAUACUUUGCAAUAAAUUAAUAAUCAAUAUCGAUAAUCAUUCAAUCUCAUAUCUGAGUCAAUAUUUUUAAGGAAUAAAAUGAACAAUUCUAUUGAUUCCAUUUAUCUAUUAAAUAUUAAGAAUACUAUUAAUACUGAGAUGGCACAAGUUGGUAUCAAUCUUAUUUUUAAAUUUGUUAGAUAUUUCCAUCUACUCUGAUUAUGGGACCAACUUUUUUGAUUUAUCGCAAGCAAUAACAUUAAAUAAUUUUUGGAACGAAGAAUUAUAAAUAAGUUUGAAAAACAAAAUCGUAACAACCUUCAUUGAAGAAUCAAAUUAUAUACUCUUUGUUCUCUAUGACUAUCAAAAUAGUGAAUAAUAAAUUGCUCUAUUAAGAGAUUAUGAAUUAGAAAUCAUACAUACAACUAAGCAUUUAAUCAAGAAUAUUGCAACCAAAAAUCAAAAUAUUAUCUUUAAUUAUUAAAAUGAUAGGGAAAUUCAUUUCUAUGAUUGUAAUUAAUUUACCCUUAUUUAAGUGUAGCCAAUUAAUAGAAGAUAAGCAAAAUUCAAUCAUUCCAAAUAACCCACGUACUCUACUUUCAAGUGAUGAAAUUGUUUUUUCUUAAUGACAGCACAAUCGGUGUAUUUUAUUUAGAGUAUAUUAUCUAAUUACCCUUAGAGUUACUAAUGAUAAAUAUAAGAUCAUUGGAAUGGCAUUAAAUGAAUAUAAAAAUGUUUUCUUAAACAUAGACAUUACUGAUGAGAUGAUUAGUCUUGAAUAAAUAUAGUAAAUUGAAUUACUUUAUGAUUACAAUCCAGAACACAAUGUAUUGUUAGUAUCCUUUGGUAAAAAAUACCUAUACUAUUUAAAAAUAAAACCUUUCAUGUUUGCCAAGUAAUUUGAUUAAUGGAAUCCAAAAAAAAUUAAGUUAAACAUUUUUGAACAAGAAAGGGAAAUAUUUAAGAAAAUCAUUUUUGACCAUCAAGAUCAACUCAUUUAUAUAGUACUAUUACUCAUAUUAAUUCAUUUAGUUAUCAGAAAGUUCCUAAUCCAAGUUCAAAAUGCAUCUAGUGGAUAUGUAAAGUCUAGAAUAUAAAUCAAACAAAACUGAUACUAUGAAAUUAAGAAUGCCUUACUUCAAAUAUGGAGUCUAAGCUAUAGAUUUUCAUAUCUAAAAAAAUUAAAUCAAUACUAAUGUAAUCCUAUUCUUGCUGAAAAACGGAGAUGUAGCAUGCAUUUAGCCAUUGUAGUAUGGAGAAGGAGUUCUUAAGAAGACUUUCAUUAUCGAAUUGCUAGACAUAGUGUUAACAUUAUCUUUUAUCGGAUUCUUUAGAUAUUUAAAAAGACUAUUACAAAAAAUAUAUUCAAAAAUUAUCUCUUGCUGUAGAAGAAUUUGA